UCCAUUCAUAGGGGUGUUGCGUUGGUGUUUUUGGGCGUUUGCCUCGGUGAGAUCUCCUGAGAGAGAGAGGGAGGGGGAGAGAUGAAGCUGUGGAAGAGAGCCGCCGGAGCUCUCAAGGACCGGAACAGCCUCUUGAUCAACACCCUCUCGCGGCGGCAACGCCACAGCUCCGACCUCCACGCCGCGGUCAUCCGGGCCACCAGCCACGACGAGGCCCGGGUCGACUACCGGAACUCCCAGCGCGUCUUCGCUUGGGCCCGCACCGCCCCGUCCAUCCACCUCAAGCCCCUCGUGUGGGCCAUCUCCUCCCGCGCCCACCGCACCCGCAGCUGGUCCGUCGCCCUCAAGUGCCUCAUGCUCCUCCACGGCGUCUUCUGCUGCAAGGUCCCCGCCGUCCAGCGCAUCGGCCGCCUCCCCUUCGACCUCUCCGACUUCACCGACGGCCACUCCUCCCUCUCCAAGACGUGGGGCCACAACGCCCUCGUCCGCGCCUACUUCAACUUCCUCGACCAGAAGUCGGCCUUCCUCUACGCCGACCUCAAGGAGAUCCGCAAGGUCAAGGCCGCCGGCCCCGAGGACUCGAUCAUGGCGGAGAUCGUCAUGCUCCAGAAGCUGCAGUCCCUCCUCUCCCUCCUCCUCCAGGUCAGGCCGCAGGCCGAGGGGAUGCGCGGCACCCUCGUCCUCGAGGCCAUGGACUGCAUCAUCAUCGAGAUCUUCGACACGUACAGCAGGGUGUGCAACCUGAUCGCCAGGGUCCUCUCGCGGAUCUACGGGGCCUCGCUGGCCGAGGCCUCCAUGGUGCUCUUGGUGCUCCGGCAGGCCAACGCGCAGGGCGACGAUCUCGCCGACUACUUCGAGUUUUGCAAGGUCUACGGCGUGCUCAAUGCGUCUGAGUUCCCGAAGGUCGAGCGGAUCCCGGAGGAGGACAUCCGGGAGGUGGAGAGGAUAGUCAACGGUGAGGGCGAAGAGGAGUCUAAGGCCAUCGUGGUGAGAGAGAGCAGCGGCGGCGGCGGCGGCGAACUGGUGCUGUCGUCGGGGAAGGUGUUGAGGACCGUCGUGACGGACAAGUGGGAGGUCUUCGACGACGGCGGCGACGACCUCACGAGCGUGAACGGCGGCAAUGGAAUGGAACGGGACAUUGUUAGUAUAAGAAGUUUGAACGAUCCUCAACCUCAACGUCAACCGCACCAUGUGCACGCUUGUAAACUUGAGAUUCCGGAUUUAAUCACUUUCUAGUAAAGUUGGAGUGGAUAGACAUACAUAUAUUUCUUGCAGUCUUUUCUAAGAAGAAUCUCAUUGCUCGCAAAUGUCACCGGAAAGAUGGAGACUCUUUUGGCUAAUGCCCACCUACAUUUUGACGAUAUGGCAUGGUGUGAUGCUGACACUUGCGGGGCUUCUAGGCGUGUCAUCGAGGUCGGGAAAAAGUUGCGAGCGAGUAUGAUUGAGCGACUGUAAUCUCCUCGUUGAGAAUUACAAUGAGACCAUCUCAUCGACCUCUUGCCAUGGAGUCGGCACGCUCUCGAGCCACAUAAAUUGGACAUGUUAGGUUUACCUUUUUUGCAUUUAUUUCUCUUUUGAAUCAUUUUUGUAACGGUAAUAAUCGGAAAUGAAGAGCUAAUUGA